CCGGGUCGAGCCGAGACGGGACGAGUCGGCAAUCCGCCACCGCGACGGCUGUGGACGGCUGCGAGGUCUGCGAGGUCUGCGGCGCGCGGCGUGCCAGUUCAGUUCCUGGCCAGUUCGUCCAGCUGGCCAGCGAGGAGCAGAGAAGGCUCUCGCCGGACUUGUCGCUGCGGCCUCGGGUUGGGGCAGGCCAGGCAGGCCAGGCAGGGCCACCGAGCGCACCGAGCACCGCGGACAGGACAGGACAGAUAGGAGGAUGGCGCUGGGGUGGGCCCUGGUCGGGGUGGCCUCGGCGGCGCUGGGGCUGUGGCAGGGCCAGGUGAUGCCCCUGGUCGUGUCCGUCGUCAUCCUGGGGGUGCGGCACUGGCGCCGCGUCCUGUCCAUCGUCCGCACACUGCCUCGCGACGUCGACUUCCUCAUCAAGGGCGUCUCGGCGUACCUCUACAUCAAGCGGAUGCAGCGGAGGAACGCGUGCGUCGCCGACGUGUUCGACGAGCGCCUCCGCGCGCACCCGCAGAAGGUGCUGUUCAAGUUCAACGACCGCGACUGGACGUUCCAGCAGGUGGCGGACUACAGCAACCGCGUGGCCAACGCCUUCGCGCGCCUCGGCUACAAGAAGGGCGACGUGGUGGCGCUGCUGAUGAGCAACUGCGCCGAGUACGUGGCCGUGUGGCUGGGCCUGUCCAAGCUGGGCGUCGUCGCGGCGCUCAUCAACCACAACCAGCGCGGCAAGGCCCUGGUGCACAGCCUCACCAUCGCCAAGAGCCGCGCCAUCAUCUUCGGCGCCGACCUCUACCAGGCGGUGCAGGACGUGAGGGGCGAGCUGGAUGACUCCCUGGAGAUGCUGCAGCUGCUGGCGACGGGUGAGUCGGCGGCCACCCCGCCCGCCGUCAAGGACUUGAACGCCUUGAUCGACGACGCACCGACCUCCGAGCCCAAGGUGCCCCGGCCGGGCUACCGGGACAUUCUCGUGUACAUCUACACCUCCGGCACGACGGGGCUGCCCAAGGCCGCCAAGAUCAACCACUCCAGGUACAUCGCGGCCGGCACGGGCAUCCCCAUGCUGCUGGGCACGUCGCGCGACGAGGUGGUGUACUGCCCGCUGCCGCUGUACCACUCGGCGGGCGGCAUGUGCGCCGUGGGCUACGGCCUGUUCUACGGCAUGACGGUCGUGAUCCGGGCCAAGUUCUCUGCAUCCGCCUUCAUCCCCGACUGCAUCAAGUACAAGUGCACGCUCGUGCAGUACAUCGGUGAGAUCUGUCGCUACGUGUUGGCCACCCCCGAGCAGGCCUCGGACAAGCAGCACCGCCUCCGCUACAUGAUCGGCAACGGCAUGCGCACGGCCGUGUGGCGGCGCUUCGUGGACCGCUUCCAGGUGCCCAACGUCGUCGAGCUGUACGGCUCCACCGAGGGCAACGUCACGUUCUUCAACUUCGACAACACGGUCGGCGCCGUGGGCUUCAUGCCGCGCAUCCUGCCGCUCAGCGUGCUGCCCAUCGGCUUCGUGCGCGUGGACGAGACGGGCGACAUCGUGCGCGGCGGCGACGGCCUGUGCCAGCGCUGCGACAUCGGCGAGCCGGGCAUGCUCGUGGGCUACAUCUCGGACUCGGACCCGUCCAGGGAGUUCCACGGCUACGUGGACACGGCGUCCUCCGAGAAGAAGAUCCUCCGCGACGUGUACGCCAAGGGCGACAAGUGGUUCAUGACGGGCGACAUCCUCGUGAUGGACGAGCUGGGCUACAUUUACUUCAGGGACAGGACCGGCGACACAUUCAGGUGGAAAGGCGAGAACGUGUCGACGGCGGAGGUCGAGGCCGCCGUCAUGGCCGCCGUGGGGCAGCGGGACAUCGCCGUGUACGGCGUGGAGGUGGCGGGCUCCGAGGGCCGCGCGGGCAUGGCGGCGGUGGCGGUCAGCGACGGCGACCUGGACCUGGAGGCCCUGGCCAAGGUGCUGGACAGCCACCUGCCCUCGUACGCCAGGCCCCUGUUCCUGCGCACGCCGGCCAAGCUGGAGAAGACCAGCACGUACAAGAUCGUCAAGGUUGCCAUGCAGAAGCAGGGCUACGACCCGGCCGUCGUGAGCGACCCCCUCUUCCUCAGGCAGGGCGCCACCUUCGUGCCUCUCACCGCCCAGAUGUACAAAGACGUUUGCUCCGGGAAGCUGCGACUGUGAUAUUCCUAAAAAAAUAACAGGCUAGACGGACGCCCUGGGAGGAGCUCGGUAGCCACAGCGUUGGCGAGAGCGGCUUCUUCUGUUGAACUGUCACCGUCAACGGCCCAGGACUGUGCCCUGUUAUCCCUGUCACUGUGAUUUGUAAACGCGAUGAACGAAAGCCAUUGUGUGAGAUCUUACUUUGUAGAUAUUUUUUGUAUAAAUUCGUGUGCAUGGCAUUUAUGAAUAUAGACAUUCAAACACUUUUUUAGACAUUUUA